AUGGCCGUCGCAUUGCGCACUCGCAGGACUGAGGCCAUGCACGACUCCGGCAUGUUCUUCGUCAACGAGGCCAUCGAGCGGCAGUCGGAGUAUGUCCUCGCCUGCCUCGAUGACCAGGAGCUCCUCAAAGCCACUUCGCAGUGGAUGUUUGAGGCUGACAUCUUCCGUGCGGCCACGCAUCACCAGCGGCGCACCUACAACCUCUCUCAAGCCGCCUUCAUUCUCUUCCCUUUCCUGCCAUUCAUCAGCGUGCACAUGCCAAAGAGCUGUCGCCUGCCCGACGGCACCCGAGGCAAAGGCUGGACAGGGCACGACGAGCGGCUAAGGAUGCUGCGGCGGGAGAUGGAGGCUGCCGGGAUCUCCAAGCCCGCCGUCCUGACCUGCACCUGCGUCAUGCAGCACUCCCUCUUUGACGAGCUCUACGCGUGGCUGCAGUCACGGCCAAAUCUUGUGCAACUCGCACACAUGGAGCGCUCCAAACCCGCGUCGGCCUCGGACCGCGUCGUCGUCGUGCCGUACCACGCUGGCAACGAGUCGUACAGCGACGAUUGCAGGAGCGACGGUAGCAUCUACUGGGCAGGCAGUCCGUCAGUGGCCAACCGCAACGCGACCAUCGUGCGCCGCUGGAUCGUGAGGCUUGGCAAGCAGAACAGCAGCGGCAAGAUGCGCGUCUUCCCCAGCUUCCGAGCCUGCGGGUACAAGAGAGACGACCGCUUCUGCUAUAACCGAGCUUGCAAGGGGGGCGCCUGCUCCGAGUCGGUUAGCCUCAAGUCGAUGGCGGAUUGCUCGCGCGCAGUGGCCGCGAAUCCGAGAUGUGGCCACAGCUUCUCGUUUGGCAAGGACGGCUGGUGCGAUUGCGUUCCCCCGGGCAAGCCGUGCUUGCCAAAGCGAGGUGCUGGGUACAAGUUUGGCCAGCACGCAAAGGGGGUGAUGCGGCGAGAGAUGGCGGCGGCGCAGUUCUGCCUCGUCCCGGAGGGCGACUCGCCGGACUCGAGCAGGGUGUACGACGCUGUGAUGCAGCUCUGCAUCCCGGUCCUGCUGAGGCUGUGGCAGCGGGCCUCGGUCACCGUGCCAGCGAGGCGAUUCCUCUCAAUGGGCGAGCAGGCGUUGCAAGCAGAGGUCCGCGCGCAGCCGGUGCGGUGCGCCGACCUGAGAGCGCUCCGCAAGGCCAUAACGGCGCGGAGCAUCCUUGCUCGGCUGGCGGCGGACGUGCGGUGGCUAAUGCGACCUAAUGCCAGCGACGAUGCACUCCCGAGGUUCGUCGUUGGCCACGUGGGCUGA